AUGACUCGCCGGCUGCUACUACCCGUUCUAGUCCUCCUCGCCGCCUUCUCAGGUGCGCCUCGGUCAGGUGCGCUUAUCCCCCGCUCGUUCAGGUGCGGCCGCCCCGAGACCAGCUUCCAUCGCGCGGCUUACUCCAGCAGCAACCAUGACCCGCCGGCUGCUACUACCCGUUCUAGUCCUCCUCGCCGCUUUCUCAGGUGCGCGCAUCCCCUGCUCGUUCAGGUGCGCGUAUUCCCGCCCCCUCGGGUGUGCGCCUCCCCCGCUCCCUCGCUCCCUCGGGUGUGCCUCCCCCGCUCACUCGCUCCCUCGGGUGUGCCUCCCCCGCUCACUCGCUCCCUCGAAUGCGCCCCUCCGGCGCAUUCCAACCUUACAUGUGCCUCGUUGGAACCUUUCGAGUUGACGCUGCUGCCCAUCGCGCUCAGAAGUUCCCCCCCUUUCUCCCCGCUUCCGUCCGCCCGCCUCCUCCUGCAUUCCCGGGUGCCCACGGCAUCGCCUCGUGCCCACAGCAUCGCGUCAUCGGGGUCCGCAUCGCUCCCAGACGGCGCCACGUGUUACCUGGACAGCGAGCGGCGGCCCGUUUACCCCUUCUGCCGCGGAAACAAGCGCAACUGCGUGGUGACUCAGGUGCCGUCAGCACUCCAAGCAAAGUACGGCGCGAGUGACUCGGCGCGCUUACUCACUCCCCUGUUUCUUCUCCCGCCCCCGUCUGUCACACUUCAAUUCCUCGUCUCUCCCCGCAGUUGCGUGGUGACUCAGGUGCCGACAGCGCCUCAAGCGAGCACUUGUGACUCGGCGCGCUUGCUCACUCCCCUAUUUCUUCUCCCGCCCCCGUCUCUCACACUUCACUUCCUCGUCUCUCCCCGCAGUUGCGUGGUGACUCAGGUGCCGACAGCGCCUCAAGCGAGCACUUGUGACUCGGCGCGCUUGCUCACUCCCCUGUUUCUUCUCCCGCCCCCGUCUCUCACACUUCACUUCCUCGUCUCUCCCCGCAGUUGCGUGGUGACUCAGGUGCCGACAGCGCCUCAAGCGAGCACUUGUGACUCGGCGCGCUUGCUCACUCCUUGCUUCAUUCCCAGUUGCUCCUCUUUCCCCGUCACUCUCCGCGCAUUCCCCCCUCCCGUCUCCUCGCAGCUGCGUGGUGACUCAGGUGCCGACGGCGCCGCAAGCCAAAAACGCGGUACGUCGGCCGCUGCACUUCCGCCUUCACCAGUACGUGCUGCCCUCGUCUUCCCCGCCUGCUCUCCCCUUCCCCCCUCCCCCCUCUCCCCCUUCCCCCGCGUAAUCCCUGCCUUCCCCACCUGCUCUCCCCUUUCCCCUGCUGGCCGGUUUCCGUCCCCUGCUAACCAUCCCCCUUCCCCUCCCGGCUCUCCCUUUUCCCCUGCUGUCCCCCCACCCCCCUUUCGUCUUCCCCGUUUCCCCAUGCUCAUCGUUUCCCUCUCCCGCCCUUCACCUCCCCCCUCACCAUCCCCAUCCCCUUCCCCGUCCCCCCAUCCUCCACCACACAUCAGGGGGCUCCUUGUGUCGCUAUGCCGGCACGCCAUACGCGGGGGCUCCUUGUGUCGCUAUGCGGGCACGCCAUACGCGGUGGGAGCUAAGGGCAUAGAGGGCAACGCGCUCUGCAAGACGUGUGACUGCACCUACCAGAGGAAAAUGCUCACUCUCUCUUCACCUCUCCCACCACCUCCUGUUCCCCUCCCACCACCAGGGGGUUCUUUUUGUCGCUAUGCUGGUACACCGUACGCCGUGGGCACCAAGGGCGUGCAGGGCAACGCGCUCUGCAAGUCUUGUGACUGCUCCUACCGGAGGAAAAUGCCGGGCCCCAACCGGGCAACAUUCUGCUCCAUUGUCAUUUCUCUGCACCAACCAUUUACGCCUGCUCCCGCCCUUCCCUUCGUCCUCACGACACCUGCCCCCUCGACCCCUCAUGCCCCUCUUACACAUGCCAGGUGUGUGAUUACCAAGAUAGGAGGAGGCGGCAAGGACAAGAAGGGUCUGCCUGUGGACAAGGGCGUGUGCGUCUUCUCUGGCAUCCGUGAGUUACCUGGUUACCACUCUCGUCAUGGUGCCACACCCACACGCUAA